AUGGAGAUCGAGGAGGAGCAGUCUCCUCCCCAGCAGCAGCGGCGCGCGGGAUCAAUGGCGGCGUGGCUGGUGGAGGCGCGCGAUGGGUCGUUGAGUCUCAGCGAGGACGCGUUGGCAUUCGCCAUUGCGGAGUGGCAGAUGAGCGGCGCGACGAAAUCGGCGCGCAUCCACCUCGUGCACGUCCUCACGCACAUCUCCGUCGAUCGCGACAUGAUGCGGCUGCCCAUUAGCGAGGUCAGCCCGAUGACUGCGGAGACCCACGAGAGCAACAUGCGCGCGCUGAUUCUCGACCCGCUCGCGGAGGUGGAAGCCAUAGUCGUGCGCAACGACGACCGCAAGGCGGGGCUGCUCGAGAUCGCGAAGAAGCUCUCGCCGCACCGCGUCUUCGUCACCGCCAAGUACGCUGCGCGCCGUUUCCCCUCCCCCUCCCCCCCUCCUCUCCACCCUUUCCCCACCUCCCCUAUUUUCCCCGCUUUCUACCGCGUCUUCGUCACCGCCAAGCCCAGCAUGUUUGGGAAGCGGUCCGCCGUCGCAAUCAUCGACGCCUUAUCCGGGCCGUUUUUCGCGGCGCAUCUCCCGGACAACGCGCGGCUCGUCGUGCUGCAGGGCAAGAAGGUUCUUAAAGACAUCACCAUCGGCAGCCCCGGAUCCUGCGCCGCAUCUCCCGUCGUGGAAUUGCCGCGCGGGAAUGCUGCUGCUGCGGGGGAUGCGCACUAUAUCUCCGCGCCCCAAACCCCCCCGCGGGGGUUUCUCUCCCCCGCAGGCUCGCGCAAGUACUCCCCCCCGGCGGAGCACGGACAGCGCAGCGAUUCCACCUCCCCGCCCGCGUCAUCCGCAUCCCACGGUGUUACUAACGGCUCUGCUGCGGCGAGCGCUGCUUCUCCGCAUCCCCCGCCAUCCUCGUCCGGAUCAGGCAAGCUGAGCGCCAAGCUGACGUCAUUCUGGCGCACCAGCUCGCAAGACUUGUCGGGACCCCAGUCCGGGCCACAGAGGAGCGAGUCAUUGGGAUCUCCGCCCCGCAGUUUAAAGUCCGCGUCGCCCUCUGAAAGUAGCAGGAGCUUUAAGCAGCAGCGCCCGCCGUCGCCCGGUUACUUCGAGGCGUCGCACAGCAACAAGUGGGGAGACAAAGCGUCGCACAGCAACAAGUGGGGAGAUAAAACGUCGCACAGCAACAAGAACGCGCCGCUGAAGCCGGAAAUCGUGGUGGACGUGCGCGGGGGCGCGGAGACGCACGGACAGGGGGACGCGGACGCGGACGGGCUGGAGGUGACCCUAGUGGAGGGGGAGACUCCGCGGUCGCGCGGGGGCGCGCGGGGCGGAGCCUCGAUGCCCUCCCGCCGACGCUCAGAGGACGGCAAGGUGGCGAACGCGGCGGACGCGGAUGCAUUCGACGGUCCGUUCGACGGACGCAGCAGCACCACUGGUAGUCUUGUCGCGACGCGACCGCCGCACAGGAACGCGCUCCCGUCUCUUCCCUCGAUUUCAUCGCAGCCCGGUUGUCUGCAUCUGGACGCCGGCACCGUCGCUGGCGCGACGGGGAACUUCAGCGACCGCCUCUGCCUCAUGCCGCGCCACCCGCUCGUGCGCGCUUAUAACGGGUACAUGGGCGGGAUCCAGAUCGUCGCCGCGCAGAUGAACGGCCCGGAUUGGCUCUCGGGGUCGGCAGAUCCCGAGGGGGGAAAAAACGGGAGCCCUGGGAACGCUAAGGGCGGUACUGGUUCUUCUGAUUCGUCUCCCUUCGAGAUUGCCGCGCAGCGGUUCAUUGCGCCGCUAGAGCACGCGCACAUCUGCCCCCUCCUCGGCUGCUCCCCGUCGCUCCGCUGCCUCGUCUACCCGCGCCCACCUGGCAGCUCCUCAUUGGCCAGUCGGCUCGCCUGCUGCGGCGCUGGCGGCGGCGGCGGCGGCGGCGGUGCUAUGAGUAGGACGAGCAGCAGCAAUAGUCUCGUGCAUAGGAGCAGCAGCGCAGGGAGUUUCAAUAGUCCCGAUAGUAGCACCAGUGAGAGGUAUGUGGAGGGGAGUGUGGGAAAUUGUUCGGCUGGGAGUAGGAGUCUGGGCGGUGGGUCCCUCAGGCCGCUGAGCUGGCAGACUCGGCUGAAAAUCGUGACUCAGACAUGCCGUGCGCUGACGUGGCUGCACCAGCAGUCGCCACCUGUCGCGGUGGGGUGCCUGGGAGUGGAAACCGUAUUGUUGACUCGCGAUGACUCGUGCAAGCUGCUGCUGGCGGGUGUGGCAGCAUUGGCUGCAGACCCAGGGAAAAUGACGGAGAAGUUGAAUAGGGAGAUUAGUGGGUGGGUGGAUGGUGGGGCGGUUCGGCAGCUUCUGGCUGCUUGCUGGGCGGCGGCGGAUAUCCACCGGGCGGUAGAGGUGGUGGCGCGGGCGGCACGCCAGUCGUGUCAGAUGCAGCCGUGCUGUGAUUGGCCGGAAGGGGUGUUGUACUCUCUAGCAAUGGUUGCACUUGAGUGUGCGGAGGAAUGUGAGGAGUGGAGACCGGUGCUGGUGGGUUGUGUGAUGGAUGAGGUCCUGGAAAUUGAGGCUGAUGCUGAAGAGGGCUUGUAA